CUGGGCGGCGAGCCCUCGGGCGCCUGGGCCGGGGCCAGGCCCCGGCGGGGCAGCCAGCGCCGAGACCCGAGGACCUCCAGGCCGCAGCCCAGCGCAGGCCCCAUCUCCGCCCGAGGCCCGAGCUCUUCCUAAGCAUCAUCCUUGAAGAUGGGAGGUGCUGUCAGUGCUGGAGAAGACAAUGAUGAGCUAAUAGAUAACUUGAAAGAAGCACAGUAUAUCCGGACAGAGCUGGUAGAACAAGCCUUCCGAGCUAUUGACCGUGCAGACUACUAUCUUGAAGAAUUUAAAGAUAAUGCCUAUAAAGACUUAGCCUGGAAACAUGGCAAUAUCCACCUUUCUGCCCCAUGCAUAUAUUCAGAAGUGAUGGAAGCCCUCGAUCUACAACCUGGACUUUCAUUCUUGAAUCUGGGUAGUGGCACUGGUUACCUCAGUUCUAUGGUUGGACUCAUUUUAGGUCCUUUUGGUGUAAACCACGGUGUAGAACUUCAUUCAGAUGUGAUAGAGUAUGCCAAGCAGAAACUGGACUUUUUCAUCAGAACAAGUGAUAGCUUUGACAAGUUUGAAUUCUGUGAACCCUCUUUUGUUACGGGCAACUGUCUGGAGAUUUCUCCAGAUUGUACUCAGUACGAUCGUGUUUAUUGUGGUGCUGGAGUUCAAAAAGAACAUGAAGAUUACAUGAAGAGUUUGCUUAAAGUUGGGGGAAUUCUUGUCAUGCCACUAGAAGAAAAGUUGACUAAAAUAACUCGAACGGGUCCUACUGCUUGGGAGACCAAAAAGAUUCUGGCUGUUUCUUUUGCUCCUCUGAUCCAGCCCAGUCAUUCGGAUUCAGGAAAGUCAAGACUUGUGCAGUUGCCUCCAUUGGCUGUUCGUAGCCUCCAAGAUUUAGCUCGAAUUGCAAUCCGAGGAACUAUUAAAAAGAUAAUUCAUCAAGAAACAAUGAGCAAAAGUGGAAAUGGACUAAAAAACCCACCCAGGUUUAAGCGAAGACGAGUUCGACGCCGUCGAAUGGAAACUAUUGUCUUCUUGGACAAAGAAGUCUUCGCCAGUCGUAUUUCCAACCCAUCUGAUGACAACAACAAUUGUGAGGAUGUGGAAGAAGAAAGGAGGGAAGAAGAGGAAAAGAGUGUACCUGAAAUGAAGCCAGAUCCUCCCAUAAACUUUCUGAGAGAAAAGGUCUUGAGUCUGCCCCUGCCUGACCCUCUGAAAUAUUACCUGCUUUAUUACAGAGAAAAAUAAGUCUUCUAUUUAUAUUAAGAAAAAGAUACAUAAGGGGGGAAGUGGCGAGGGCCUGACAACAUGUAUAUGACUUGCUUACCUGUUAACAUGGUCACCCCUGGCAUAGAUUGGCUGGAGAAUGUGACUGCUGUGUACUUAAACAUCCUCAUUUUUUUUCUCCUAGUUUCUUGGUGGUGUGCUAAUUUUUUUAAUCUUAUAGCAGGAUUUCCUUUAAAAGUGACUUGGUGAACACAAACUGCCUAGAAGCAAAUAUUUCUUCCAUUGAGGGGAAAGAAAAUCACCUCAAUCAGGCUGUUUUGUAUUUCAGCCAUGCUUUAAGACUAAACUCCAGUUUAUAAUGUUUCUAGGCAGCACCCUAAAGACUACUCUGCAACAAAGUUGCAUAAAAUAGUAUAUGUUGUAUAAUUAAAAUGAAAACUUCUGAUUCAGAUUAUUUUGCUUCUCCCAAAAACCCCACAUAAAGCACAAAUUUUACAAAAGUACACAAAAUCACUUCUGGGGGCAAUACUCUAAAUGUCCAGGUUUGAAUUCUGAAUUUAAGUGGUAUCUGCCCUUAAUCAUUGGCACCGAGUUUGACUCUCAUAGCUUGGAAAAUAUUGUUGCAAACUUGUUUCCCAGAUUACAAAUAAGUAAAUAAAUAGGUUUUUGUGAGUUUGCAGGUGAUAAAUUUUCUAAAGAGACAGUGAUGGAAAUCAUAAAUACAUCCAACUACCCAACUUUGUUUCUACAUAGUAAGGAUCAUAUAUGAGUGAAAUCCUUUAUGGAUUUUUAUCUGGCACUGUUUACAAGCAAAGUCCUGAAAACUUUGUCAAGUAUAGUGUUAGAAAUUCCUAAAAGGAUAUUUUGAGAGAUGUCACAGACUCUUAAUGUCUAAGUUAGCAUGAUUGAUGUUCUUAAGAAUAUGCAGUACAGACCCAGAUAUGGUUGACCUAAGGAUGGAAAUGAAUAUCACUCUGAAGCAACUGACUACUCGGCUUCUCAGAAUAUAUAGAUGAUGAAAAAUCUAGGAAAGUAAUUAGUAGCAAUGUUCCCUGUAGACGGUCCCUGCUUUCUUGACCUCAGUUUAGUAUUUUUCUGUAACUAGAUUAGUAAUGAAAUUUAGCUUUUAUAGUUAACAAAACCAGAUUUUUUAAAAAUAAUUUUUCUUAAGAAAAAAUGGAUCUUUCAAAUUUUAGUUGUGUUAGAUGAAUUUAACUUGCAAUGAAUUGUAAAUUAUACUUUUCCCAGAUUAUGAAGAGUGUAAAAAUAAAAAAGGGAAAGAGUACUCAGUCUUUCUAAACUAGUGAAGAAAAUGGUCUAAUCUUCAAAGUAACCUGACUGAAAAACCUUUCAAUUAACUAAGACUACUUUUGAGAUACACUGGAAUUAGAUUGCUUGAUCCAAAGUGUAUUUGUUCACUUUUUUUUUACUUCCCUGUCAUUUUUACAUGCCCCCAAAAGGCAUGACUGGCCUAAAAUGUACACAGGAAACCCAAACUCUCAGUGUCUAAGAUUUAAACACUCAAUUCACAUUGACUGUGUCUUGUGAUUAAAUAUUAUGUAGCUCUUUGAAAUCACAGGGUAAAUUUAGGUGUCUCUGUGCUAUCUAACUGAUCUCUGUUGAUUUAGGUAAUUUUCUAAAGUUACUCAGUGAAUCUUUAGUCUGUGUACCGACAAUUUUUUCACUACAAAUUAAAAUCUGUGUAGCCAAAUAAAAAGGAAACAUUGGUAUGUCUAGUCCUAAGCUCAUAAAUUUAGACUGUUAAGGAAACUUUAUAUGUUGUUACAUUCAUUCAUUUGUCUUUUGGUUCAGUGUCAAGGUUAUCCACAAUUUUUGCCUCCCAAGAUUUUCAGUUUUCAAAUGACCAGUUCAAUUGCUUGCAGGUCUUCGUGGAGAGAAAUAGGAUUGGUAUAUAUAUAUACAUAUAAAAUUUGACAUUUAUAUGUAAUUUAUAUGGACAUAAGCAAUUUGGAGUAAAUAUUCAUCUGAGAUCUGUGAAAUUUGUUACAGAGAUAGUACAUCUUUACAUUGGCUAUCUUAAAUUUUUUUCUAUAAUUAUAGAAGUAUUUCACACUUUCACCACAUUUGCCUUUUUAUUACUUUAGAAUUUUUAAUGCUCUUUAAAAUGCAUAGAAAAUGAUUUUCCCUUUAUAUUUUAGAAACCAAAAUAUUCAAGCAAUUUGUGUUUUCAUGUUGUCAAGUUGUGCUAUUAUUAUCAAAACAGAAAAACUGAUAGAAGAAUUUUAAGUGUAAUAUAUAACUGUGAAAUAGUGUGGUGUUUAGCCUGCAAAAAUAAAGGGGAAUUGUAAAUAAGGUUCUCCUCUGCUUAAGCACUUGCACUGUAGGUUAGUAUGAUAGGUUAUUUUUAGUUUCUACACAGAUUAACAAUAGAUAAUGUUUUUUUUUGUAUAGUCUAUAAGCCCUUUUAUGGAAUACUGUAUACUGUAACCUGGUUUCUGACUUCUGUUUACUUUUUAUGUUUUAAAUAUUAUGUGAUGUUGUAGUCUUGACAAGUAGUAAGGUCAUAGACUUGUGCAAAGCAAACUUCAGAUGUGUAAAUCUUAAGUAUGUAAGUUGAAAAUCAAAAUCUGUACAUAGAAAGAAGAAAAGGCAAUUUUGCUGAUCUGGAACUUGCAAGGAAUAUGAAACGUGAAUUUUAUUGAGCUCAUAUACAUGAGUGUAUAGACCAUAUAUCAAUAAAUGCAGUUAAGACUUUUUAGCCUUCUUAGCAUUGCUUCUCUAUCGUGCUAUUUUUAAAAGAAUUUCACCUGACUUUUUCUUUUGGAAAAUGUGGUGAAAUUAUUGGUUUUUCUUUUUGUGUGUUUGUACCCACUUUCUUAUGUUGGAAUUGGGCUGAUUUUUUUGGUCUUCAUUUCUCGUCUGAAUGCCCUAUUUUUCCAUUCAGGUAGAUAGUUUAAUUCAGAAUCAUUCAUAGUAGAACUGAAGAUAUAAUUAGUUACUAAUGUGACCUUGGCAUAGGCAAACAGAUUAUGGCUCUAAAGAACUUAAUAGGCUAAUGACUAGAAUAAUUACUUGGCUCUUCAGUAUUAUUCAGAAUUUGCAUGGAAAACCCAGGCACUUCAAUGAAAGAGUAGCACUUCAGGUUUGAUUCACCAGCAGUCAGCUAAUUGGUAGCACAUAACGGUUAAUUGAGUCACCAGCAUAGUUUUAAUAUUUUCUAAUGAAUGGAAAGUGGUUGUUUUCCUAGGUCAUCCAUAAAACUAGACUUCAGAUAGCUCAUUACCAUAUACUUCGCUGUCAUCUACUCUACUUGACCCUAAGAAUCUCAGUAGAGGACAAGUUUUGUUUUGGGGCUUAGUAAAUAACUUUCAAAUCAAAAUGUGCUUGCUGAAAAUGGAAGGAUGGGUGUCACUUAGUAUUUUCAGCAUCAUAUCAUUGGCACUGUUCUGUUUUAUAUAAUUACAUAAGAACUUCAAAUAUUCACAUUUGCCCUUUUUAUUACAUUUAUUUGAUUUUUAAAGCUAUGAAAUGCAGGGACUACACUUUUUCUUUAAAUGUUAAAAAGCAAAAUCUUUUAUCUUUUCAUUUGAUUUUAACAUUUAAAAGGAAAACUUUUGUGCAUUUUAAGAGCCACAAGAAUUUAAUGUAAUAAAGAAAAUAGGUGAAAAUCUGAAAUUCUUAUAGUAUGGAAAAAUGUAACAAAUGCAUACGUACUGUAUAUGUAACGCAGAGACAUAUAUACAUAAACGCCUCGUUUUGGUAAAAUAUAAAUGUCCAACUGGUUCCAUUUCGAAUUAUGUUUCUAUUUUUUGGUCUAAGACUGAAAAGAAAGUGUGAUUAUAUGUUGUGUCUUUAAAUGAACUUAGAGAGGCAUAGUUAAUCCAAAUCAGCCAAAGACUAAACCCUGUUUCAGGAAUUUCAAAUUUAAUCAUCUACAUCAUUACCAUAAAAUUGGUACCAUAUUAUUUAAACUCUUCUCUCUAGAAACUGGGAGGCAGCUGGUCAUCUAUAAAGGAAGACAGUUGAUUCUUUGGGGCUCCGGGUUGUAAUCACCAUUAAAUAAAAGAGCCACCUGGUUCCUUUGUCUACUGUUGGAUCUGGUGUAACAUUAUACAGAAAUCUCAGAUCUUGAAGAGCUGAUGAUGUCACACUAACGAACCACACACGUGUGGCUCAGAAAUCUACUUACCUAAAGUGCUGCUGUUUUUACAAAACUAACCCUGCAUACUUUCGUGUCACUAAAUGUCAGUGGUUGCUUGUCUAUGUUUGGUAUUUAGUUCAUGGCAUUUAGCUAGAUCUAGUAUGAAAGCUGUUCCUUUUCUGGAAUAUCACUUUACGAAUAAAAGCUGUAUAUACUCUGCUGCUACUGUUUCCAUUGAAUAAAACAAAUAUCACUUGUCUAACUCAUAAA